UGGAAGCCCAGCGAAGGGCCCCGGCCAGUGGCAGCUGCGCUGCCCCUCCAUCGCUGCGGUCCGUGGCUGCUGACUGAUCAGGCACCUGAGGCACGCAGGCACGUCACGGCCUCUCGUAGCUGCGCCGAAUGGGAAGUUGCCCCUCCGUCGCAGGUUUGUCUGGGCGGCGCAGGUGCGGCGGCAGCACCGCACCACGGACGUGCUUGCAGGCCCCUAAAAAGAGUCCGUUCCCCGUUCGACAGCCGCCGCCAUCUCUGACAUUUAGGACCCGAGGGGCAUUUCCAGACCUUGACACGACUUCGAACCGACCGAUCACGAAGCAGAGAAGAAGCAGCCAAAACAAACAAAACCAAAACCAAAAAACCACAGCCACGAUGCACAGCAAGGUCGUCGUCAUUGGCUCUGGCCCUGCCGCCCACACGGCCGCCAUCUACCUCGCCCGCGCCGAGCUCAAGCCAGUGCUGUACGAGGGCUUCAUGGCCAACGGCAUUGCCGCGGGCGGCCAGCUCACCACCACCACCGACGUCGAGAACUUCCCCGGCUUCCCCAAGGGCAUCAUGGGCGGCGAGCUCAUGGACAACAUGCGCGCCCAGUCGGAGCGCUUCGGCACCCAGAUCAUCUCCGAGACCGUCUCCAAGCUCGACACGUCCUCCCGCCCCUUCAAGUACGAGACCGAGUGGUCCCCCGGCGUCGUCCACACUGCCGACGCCGUCAUCCUCGCCACCGGCGCCUCGGCCCGCCGCCUCAACCUGCCCGGCGAGGAAAAGUACUGGCAGAACGGCGUGUCUGCGUGUGCCGUCUGCGACGGCGCCGUGCCCAUCUUCCGCAACAAGCCGCUCGUGUGCAUCGGCGGCGGCGACAGCGCCAGCGAGGAGGCCCAGUUCCUCACAAAGUACGCCAGCCACGUGACGGUCCUGGUGCGCCGCGACCAGCUGCGGGCGAGCAGCAUCAUGGCCCAGCGCCUGCUCAACCACCCCAAGGUCACAGUCAAGUUCAACACGCACGCCACCGAGAUCAAGGGCGACGGCAGCCUCAUGACCCACCUCGCUAUCAAGAACUCCAAGACGGGCGAGGAGGAGACGAUCGAGGCCAACGGCCUCUUCUACGCCAUCGGCCACGACCCGGCCUCCUCGCUCGUCAAGGGCCAGGUCGAGCUGCACGACGACGGCUACGUCAAGACGGUGCCCGGCACCACCAAGACCAGCGUCGAGGGCCUCUUCGCGGCCGGCGACGUCCAAGACAAGAUCUACCGCCAGGCCAUUACCAGUGCCGGCUCCGGCUGCAUGGCCGCGCUCGAGGCUGAGAAGUUCCUCGCCGAUCUCGAGGUGGAGGGCAAGGCAUAGAUGGGCCAGAGAUGGAAACGGAGAUGAAGCAUUAGCGCAUUGGGAGGUUCUGCAUUGUGUCAUUUAGCGACAGCCUGUCUCACGUCUAGAUAUCAAGAGGCAUAGACAUAGAAAUAGAGCAAGAGUCCAAAGAG